AUGGCGCGGUUGCCUCGUAGACGGCAAGGCGGCGCCGGCGACGGUCGCGUGCCGCCCACCGAGUCGGCCGAGGAAUCCUCUGCGUCGACUGUGUCCCCACGCGAUCCGCCGGAGCCCCAGAAGGAUCCCCCGUUGGAUAGGCCGGUCCGCGUCUACGCCGACGGGAUCUACGAUCUUUUCCACUUUGGGCAUGCUCGAGCUCUUGAACAAGCCAAGAAGUUAUUCCCAAACACAUAUUUACUUGUGGGUGUCUGCAACGAUGAAAUUACUCAUAGAUAUAAGGGAAAAACAGUCAUGAAUGAAUCUGAGCGUUAUGAAUCUCUCCGUCACUGUAGGUGGGUAGAUGAAGUUAUUCCUAAUGCUCCAUGGGUUAUCACAAAGGAGUUCCUCGACAAACACAAGAUUGACUACGUUGCUCACGAUGCCCUUCCAUAUGCAGAUGCAAGUGGAUCCGGCAAUGACGUAUAUGAAUAUGUCAAGUCCAUUGGGAAAUUUAAAGAAACAAAACGGACAGAUGGGAUAUCAACCUCAGACAUCAUAAUGAGGAUUUUGAAAGAUUACAACAAGUAUGUUAUGCGUAACUUAGCUAGAGGUUAUACAAGGAAGGACCUUGGUGUGAGCUACGUGAAGGAGAAGCAACUGAGAAUGAACAUGGGCAUAACUAAAUUACGUGAGAAAGUGAAAGCACAGCAGGAAAAGUUACAUACGGUAGCAAAAACUGCUGGGUUGCAUCAUGAUGAGUGGGUUGAAAAUGCGGACCGCUGGGUCGCAGGAUUUCUUGGGAAGUUUGAGGAAGGAUGUCAUAUCAUGGAGACGGCCAUCAAAGACCGAAUUCAGGAGAGACUCAAAAGGCAGUCGAGCAAAGAGAUGAAUGCCAACCUUCUGCAAGAACCAGUAGCUUCAUGACAUAUCCGAUAACUAACUGUGCUACUAUCAUGCUCCUUUGUAUUGGAGUCGAUUACCAGUACAUCAAAGGUAUGCCAGGAGACAGCUGAAUGGCUUUUCCACUUUGUGGUUUUUUGCUGUUGGAUUUAGUGAAGUUGGAUGAUCACCACGGCAUGGGAAUGAAUCAUGUCUCAGGUAGUGUCAUUACCAAACUGGCUUGCAGAUUGUACGUAUGUGUGCUGGACUUUGUUCCUUAUAUUUGUUUCAAGUGCUCUUAGGAUCCACUGAUGGAAUACUUUACAUUGUCCUAUUUUUAUGGAAGUCAUUUCCAGCAUGCCAAAUGGAUUCACUGAUGGAAUAUUUUGUGUUA